GAACCAACUCAUUUUCAUUCGCAGUCGACUUCAAUCCGAACAAUCACCACGUCAACCUUGAUAGCUUGCACAUUCACCAUGGAUCCGGACAAUGGACCAACCGAAGAAGAAAGUCUUCCUUCAACAAAGUUGCUUCAAUUAAAUGAUAUCAAAGAAUUCCCUGCACUUUCAUCCAACCCAAAACUUUCCACACAAAACCCCAUCGCCACCACACCUAAUUGGGGAUCAUUAUUUGCUUCGCAAGUACCACAACCAUCUUGCGGCAUAAACCAUUCUACACUUCCAUCUCUUCCUGUUACCCCAACCAAAGAAAUGUCAUCCCCCAAAGGUGAUUCAGUCAGCGAAAAAGAAAAUCUAGUUUUAUCGCCCAACACGACAGCAUGUAUGAGUAUUCUAUCUACCGAAACUGGCGACACAGCCGUUGAGGGAGAAGAUGCAAAUACUCUUUGGGAUUCACCGACUCAAAAUGGAGAAGACGAUACUACUAUGUUGAAGGACGGAGAAUUUGACAAUGGGCCCACCGUGCUUUUUCCGGAUUUCGGUGCAACAGAAACAUCAAGCCCUUCACAAAAAGAACUUCUUCCUCCAUUUCAAUUUCCAGCUGUGGCAGCAGAGUCAAAAGGUGAUAUUUACAGUGCUUCACCAGAACUCACAAAGACCAAAAAUAUGGAAGUUGAAGAACUAUGCGAGGCAGAACGCCAUGAUACUCCCUCUUACAUUAAAGGAGGUUUGCCUUUAUGGGACGUUGUUGUAAAUGAUCCACAUAGAGUUAUUCACGCCAUCAAGCAUAUGAUGCAUGGUAUUGUUGUUAUGCAGAAAGCAAAGGGUGCACCACCCGCAGAAAUCGAAGAAAUUGUGAACAGUCAUCUAAGCACUUUGAGGCAGAUUGAGAUUCUAACGGAGAAGGAAAGGCUUGCGAGAUCAGCACUUGAGAUGAAGCAGGCAGCAGACAGAGGGGCACGACUGGCUUUUGAGAAGGAACGUGCUAUCACUGCCAAGGGGAUGGAGCCUUUAAAGUCGGCUACCAAGUUCAAUCCUGAUGCGAAGCCUUUUGCCCCGUCGAGAUUUGUGACAUCAGAUUUCAGACCUUCUGCGCCUCCGUUUGUAUUGGCUCCUGCUAUACAGAACCCAUCUCCAUUGAAAUAUUCCGUUAUUCAACAACCAGGGUUUAUGGUAGAACAAAGUCGUGCUCAACCUGCACAAGGUAACUUUCAUCCAUUGCUCAACAGAUCCAGAACCUGGUCUACACAUCGCCCUAAAAACAUUCCAAUUGGUCCGUACGGCCCCUUCAAUGCAUACAACCAGAAGCCACCAACACCAAUGUUCCUUCAGCAUACACCACCGCCCCCCUCUGUGGCUUCACCUCAGCUCUCAUCUCAUUAUCUGAUUUAUUCGGAUAUUCAACAGGAAAACAUCACCCAGGAUCCUCUCUAUUCGCAAGCUCCAGUGGAAUAUCAAGAUGAAACUGGCGGAGAUGAUGAUAUAUUGCUGGCAGAUAGACCGACACUGCGAAUACCUGUUCCAGGAAAGACAGAUCAUAAGUCUACUCCUACUUCACCGACUAAACAAUUGUCUGCAAACACUUCGCUCAAAGCUACAAGCACAAACACUAGUCCUCGAAGAAGAACCUUUGAUGUUCAAGCGACUUAUCAACAACCACAAGCCUACUCACAAAAGCUAUCGUUGAAAAAUCUUAUUCCUGCCACAACCACCGCAGAUGAAAUCAAGAAAGUUGCAUUGCAACUUCCGCGAACCCACCGCCAUAUAUGUCCUUCUUCUUUGACUUCUCCCGACUUUCAAUGCCCAAUGCCAAAUUGCAUACUCCAGCGAAUCUGCCCGGAUUUCACAAGUGACAAUGGCUGCUCAUUUCGACCACCUCCUCUCAGCGACUGGCCCUGGAACUAUCCGCCCAGAGAACCCCCGAUUAAUCAAUCCCGACAGUGUCCAUACGUACAUAUUCCAGGUACCUGCCUCCAUUCCCUCUCUUUUUACCGUAUCCACUCAGCAUCCGAACCGGCAUCCAAUCCUGAAGUAUCAAACCACUAUUGUCCCGUCUCCAAUUGCACUAUGACUCGCUUUCACUCUUGGGGGUGUGCUAAAGAUUGGAAAACAGGAUUCGCAAUCAAUGGCAUCACACCAUGCGCUCCAAACCACAAUCAAUUUUCUCCUGCAGAGAUUAACACGGAAUGGCGAUGGAGAGUUUCGAUGGAAGGUCUACGAUUUGCGCAUGAGAGAGGAGAAUACGGAUGUCAGGGUGGAACUAUGCCGGCCAAUGCGUUGUUUCCAGAAGACCACAAGGGUGCGGAUUCGAGGAAUUGGGGGCCGGAUAUUCCUACUGAGAAGCCCAAGGCGGAUUGCAAAAAGGCGCAUGUGAGAGAGAAGGAGAGAGGCCGCUUGAGAGGUGGUAGCAGAAAGGGAGGAAGUAGAGGACGUGGUGAUAGAGGCGGUUCUUCUGACACGAGAAGAGAAUUUGCGAGGGAGAAAUCGACGAGAUCAGCUUGAACUAGGGGCGCUUUCUGGACUAUGGAAAAGGGGAUUUUGAUCUUGGGUGCUAUAGGCUAGGAAGGACUGGAAAUUAUACA